GCCUGAGUACUAGGGAAGAUGAAUGAAAUGCAAUAAUUUGAAUGAGCACACCCGCUUCUCCAUCUCUUCAGCUGUCUGUGCGGUACACUUGUGAAGCUCACUCAAUAGACGAACUGUUUCUGCAAUUGACGAGAUACACCAGAAAUAUUUAUCCCAAGACGUGAUGGCAUCCCACAACUUAUCGCUUGUUGCUUCGGGAAACGAUUCUUCUGCAAACUACACGGCUGCUGCAGAGAGGCCUCUGCACUACACCAACGUGAUCAUGCCAAGCAUCUUUGGGAUCAUCUGCUUCCUGGGUAUCAUUGGGAACUGCAUCGUCAUCUACACCAUUCUCAAGAAGACCAAGUUCGGAGCGAAGCAAACAGUGCCAGACAUUUUUAUCUUCAACCUCUCUAUCGUGGACCUCCUGUUCCUCUUGGGCAUGCCUUUCCUGAUCCACCAGCUCCUGGGCAAUGGCUCCUGGUGCUUCGGCUCCAUCAUGUGCACCAUCAUCACGGCGCUGGAUACCAACAGCCAGAUCGUCAGCACCUACAUCCUCACCGCCAUGACCGUGGACCGCUACUUAGCCACGGUCCACCCCAUCAAAUCCACCUACAUUCGGACGCCUUGCAUUGCAACCAUGGUCAUCUGCCUGAUGUGGCUCCUGUCCUUGUUGACCAUCAUCCCUGUCUGGAUGUACGCAGGUUUGAUGUCCCUCAAAGAUGGGUCGGUUCGGUGUGCCCUCCUCCUGCCCAAUCCUGCCACCGACGCCUAUUGGUACACCUUCUACCAGUUCCUGCUGGCCUUCGCCUUCCCACUCAUCAUCAUCUGCAUGGUGUACUUCAAGAUCCUCCAGCACAUGUCAAACACAGUCGCCCCUCUCCCCCAAAGAAGUCUUCGGGUGCGCACCAAAAAGGUCACCCGCAUGGCUGUGGCUAUCUGCCUGGCGUUCUUUAUCUGCUGGGUGCCCUACUACAUCCUGCAGCUGGUCCAUCUGGGUGUGCAGAGGCCCUCCGUGGCCUUCAUCUACGCCUACAACAUCUCCAUCAGCAUGGGCUACGCCAACAGCUGCAUCAACCACUUCCUAUACAUCGCGCUGAGCCAGACCUUCAAGCGUCAGUUCAUGGUCGCCAUCCAGCCAGCCCAGGAGCAGUUCCGGGUCAAUAACAGCACGACCGAUGGCAGCAUGAGUCUCAUGCUGGCACCAGAGUCUACCCAGCAGUCUCAUUUUUCCAGGGAGUGCUCACAGAACACACUCCCCAUGACUGUAGCGGCCCACUGAGAUGGCCAGGCAAAUCGAGAAAAGACGACAGUUAUUUAUUUCUUAGCAGACGCUCUUAUCCAGGGCGACUUACAAUUGUUACAAGAUAUCACAUUAUUUUUACAUACAAUUACUCAUUUAUACAGUUGGGUUUUUACUGGAGUACCUUGCUCAAGGGUACAGCAGCAGUGUCCCCCACUGGGGAUUGAACCCACUACCCUCUGGUCAAGAGUCCAGAGCCCUAACCACUACUCCACAUUGCUGCCCGUGGUAGUAACAGUGGACACGCAGCAAUGCCUCAGGUUUGGUUUUUGACCCCGACAAUUAAUGCUAGUGAGGCAGUAAAGCCUAGGAGUCCCUCCUCGACACUCAUCUCAGCACACAGCACCUUCACUUACAGACAGACUGUCAGUGGUGUAGAUUUCUUACAUUCACUGCACACAUAGUGGCCAUUAAUCAUGAUUAAACGGAAGCGUGCACUGCCACGACAUUGGAGGUGAUUGGAUAUCAUUAGUUCAGUGAUGGCACAAGGCCACAGGCUGAUCCAGCAGAACAGUCUUACUGUGAAGUGGAAUGUCAGAACCUCUGUAAGAUAAGGCAUGCUUUUAUCACAUUUCCAUCCUUGAGUCAUCACAAACCAAAAGCAAACUGUGUCCCAGAUGACUAACUUUCUCUCCAUUGGAAGCCCAAGGGAGAUCCAGACCCUAUUUUGGCCAGAUCUGAAGAAAUUCUCCUUUGAGAGGGCAAGUGGGUCCUAUUCCUUGGAGGUCAGACAAUCCAAGUGCCGUGAAAGAUUGAGAGAUCCAGGGAAGGAAUGAAUCAGUGUGUCUCUCGGGAACAAUUCACUGAAACUGCCCGAAAAUGUGCCAUUCUCUGUACACCACCACUUACAACCAGUACGGCUCUGUAGUAGCCAUUUGGGAUCAAAUUCAAUGAGUUAUGGUGUGGCGCACGAUGUAAAGGGAAUAUGCAGCUUAGAAUAGCACACCUUGUUUUUCAAGUGGCAGUGAAUCUGUACGGUGGUACAUAAACAAUACAUCAAGGCAGCUGCUGUAUACAUUUUUAAAUCAAUAUGUGCCUGUUGACCUUUAAUUAAAGCUUUCUGUUAUCAGAUUGGCAAACGGCAGUUUCAAAUCCAAAUAAUUUUUUUUUUUAGCAAACAAAAAACAGAAUCAGGCAGAGCCGAUGCAGUUCAAAGGUCACAGAGCGACGUGAUUUUUUGGAAUCAGGAAUGACAGACAUGUGUUCAAACAAGCUCCUAAACCUGCUUCAUACUAGGAAUCCCGAAGUGAUUAAUUGGACUAAUAAGUAUGAGCAGAAAGAUUGAUUAUCAUUUCAGUGAACAAAGCUACGCUAACAUCAAACGUCAGGCUGUAUGUUUCUUGCAUCUUUAGGCACAGACCUGCGUAUAUGGAUGUCAAUUAAUUUUGAGAGACAAUUAUGAUGACCAAAUGCCUCUUAGGUAGAACAGACAUUCUUGCUGGGGUCAAUGUAAUUUAGUAUUUUCACCCAGGCAGCUCUGAGAAUUUCUAUGAGAAAUAAUUGAGCUCCUUCUAAACAGGCAGGUGUCAGGUGUGUCUCUUUUAAAGAUCAGUAACCCUGAGGUAUAAGAAAAGCAUUUCUGUUUAAUCAGAAUGUCUCUUACUUGAUGCAUUCAUAAUUGCUUUGCUCGGAUAAACACACACCAACAGUCAAAUCCUUAUGAUUGGUUGGAGAAUUUUCUUUUUGAAUCAGCAGAGGUUCAAACAAAGAAGAGAUUAUGCUGUCUCUGUGGGUUUUGCAGAGUUUGAUUUUGUUGUUGUAUUUUUUUGCACAGCAAAUUAAUUUAUAGCUUGUCAAAAGUGUUGUUUACUGUGUAAUGAAUCGCCUCCUAAUGGCUGUUCCGGUAAUAAUACUGACAUCAGCAUAAGACCUGUACUUAUCUCUUGACUACAGAGCUUGCUCUUUAGUUGAAUGGUAAGACGUUCGUCUUUGAACCGUACGGUUAGCAGUACCCGUCCAGCCGUCGUCUUUCCAUUCAAUUCAAUGGUCUGCUGGUUUAUUACAAUUGAAAGGAGAAUACAGGUUUAGCGGACUGAGCUGAAGUCUUGCCUUGUGUGUUGUAUUUGCAUGUUUUAUCUUCAGUGUCUCAAUGGCUGUGUCUAUUAAAAGUACAGUGUAUGUGAAGAAUGGAGAUGUACUCUGAAACUGUGAGCUUUUUCCCCCCAAACCACCUUUCAUUCAAAGAUGGGAUAAAUGGAGUGAUCUCAUCUGAAAGAAGUGAAGAUUUCCUUGUUGCACUAUAAUUUUACAGUAACACUUUAGUUAAGGGGUUUGGCAUAAACAAUUAACAAUGCAUGUAUAAGUGAAUUACAAAAGAGGUCAGAAACAAUAUUAUACAGUUAGUAAUAAGACUAUAACACAUGUAACUAAGGCACUAAUAAGAAACCUUGCAACUACUUUAAAACAUGACAAUGAGGUUACACUAGUUAGGUGGUUAUAUACAGUCUAUAAACAUAUUAUUAAGGAUGUUAUUACCAGCUCUAGAUUAUGAUUAUUAGUGUUCAGCUUCACUUGAAACAUUUAGAAGAUUCACUGGUUCCCAGGGUAGGGUUAUAAACACAGUGUGAUUUAACGGAAUGAUACCAAAAGUUAAUUUGGGCAAAAAAUAGAACGUCUGUGAUAGUGCUGCAAGUGCUCAUGAAUGAAGUAAGAAAUCUAUACCAUUAUUAUGACUCCUUUAAAUAAUAUCCCUUAGAAAAGUUUAAAUGUGCCAUAAAGCACAGUGCCAGCAUGGUCAAGCAUAAGUAAGGAUUGUAAAGCACAGAGAGGUAUGGUAAAGCAAAUUAAAAAACCAUGGCAAAGUAGUGUGAUCUAUGGGAAAUGCAUAUUCUAACCAUGGGAAACGCUUGGUAGAGGUGCAAAAAUACUACGGUAAACUUUUAUAAAGGAUGUUUCUAUAGCAACACAAUGUGAUUAGCUUAUUAAUUGUAUUAAUAUAAUGUUGUUAUUCAUUCAUUCAUUUGCUGUUAAACUCUAAAUUGUUAAGUGACAUUGUGAUGUGCUACGACUGUACCAUACCAAAAUGCUGCGCAAGAAUGUACUUGCUGUUUUAGAAACUAUAAAGAGUGA